AGUCUCUAUGGUUAGCGGCUGUGACCACUAAAGGAGGAGCCCUAUGCGCCUGCGCGAGCCGGGCCCCCUUAGGCUGUUCCUGCCGUCACCGUAGUCGGAUGUGUUGCGCUGUACCGGCUGGCGGAGGAGAGGAGCGGCGCAGUAACUGGCGCCCCACCCCCUCCCCUGGGUCCCGCUGCGCCGCCGUGAGGGGCCGGUCCGCUUCCUCCUCCUCCCCCUCCCCACCCCUUCCCCACUCCCAGCCGCGCCGCUGGCUCCCCGGGGGUUCUGCGUCGGCAAAUGGUUGGGCCGGAGGAUGCCGGAGCUCAGGGUGGCGCAGCCUUGCUUCCCUCGGGCCGGGAGGAGGAGGAGGAGGCGUCGCCGGAGGAGGAGGAGGAGGAGGAGAAGGACGACGCGGAAGCGGACGGCGAGCGGGAUGGGAACCAAGACAGCCCUGGGGCCCGGCUGCACCGCUACUUGGCCGGCAAGAGGCCGCCCAACGGGGACGCCUGCGGCGCAGGGAGGAUGACCAACGGGGACACGGGGUUCCUGUUGUUGCCGCCGCCUCAAGGGGGCCCCUCAAGCCCCCAGGAGCCGCCUCGGUCACCUGCUUUGGACCUAGAAGGGGAGGGCAAGCUCCAUAACGGCGGCUGCGCUUUUUUCCUGCCGGGGGCCCAGAGUGCGGUUGCUCUCGAGGAGCCGCUGAAGAGCUGCAGCCUCGCGGCGGCUGCCGCACCUCUGGCCAUGUCGCCUUCGCCCUCGUCGUCGUCCUCUUCGGAGAGCCCUUCGCCAGCUUCGGAGGAGGCUGAGAGCCUGGCCUCCCCGGCGGCGAGGGCUCUUCCUUGCCUGCCGUCCCUGGCCUUCAUGGACAUCAAUCUCAACUCCCGCAACACCUUCGAGGUGAGCCGUCGCCGCAGCGCCCCGGAACAUUUGCAGCCGCCGCCCGCCCUCGCCUCCACCGCCAGUGCUAAUGCAACUGCUGUUACCGCCGCUGGCUCGGAGCAAGGGGACCGGGCUAAGCGGUUAGGAGGCAUCGCCAGCUCUAGCUUCGCCGAGUUCUUCACGAGGAAUUUCUUUACCAAAAGGACAAAGGAACACAAACCUGCUAUCCACAGUGCUCCUGGCUGGAAGUUGUUUGGAAAAGUCCCACCAAAAGAGAACCUACAGAAAGACUCUAAAAUAAUUCAGCAGGAUGAAAGUUCUGGCAGUGUUGCAUCAGUAUCUACACUCAAUCUAUUAAACACAGGGGAAUAUGAAGCACGAACAGGAAAAGCAUGUAAACCUGCAACCCAGGCAACAAGACGUAGACACUUUGAAUUUGAGCCACUUUCAACUACUGCUCUUAUUUUGGAAGAUCGACCAUCGAAUCUUCCUGCAAAAUCUGUAGAAGAGGCUUUACGUCACAGACAAGAAUAUGAUGAAAUGGUGGCAGAAGCAAAAAAGAGAGAAAUAAAGGAAGCACAUAGAAGGAAGAAAAUAAUGAAAGAACGCUUCAAGCAAGAGGAAAAUAUUGCUAGUGCUAUGGUGAUUUGGGUCAAUGAAAUACUGCCUAAUUGGGAUAGCAUGCGUUCUACAAGGAAAGUUCGAGAACUGUGGUGGCAAGGGUUACCUCCAAGCGUUCGUGGGAAGGUUUGGAGUCUUGCUGUAGGAAAUGAACUGAAUAUAACUCCUGAACUCUAUGAAAUCUUCCUAUCUAGAGCCAAGGAACGAUGGAGGAGUUUUGGGGAGACAGGUGCUGAGAAUGAUACAGAAGAUGCUGGAGUAUCAGUUGCUGAUCGGGAGGCUAGUUUGGAGCUAAUAAAAUUGGACAUAUCUCGCACAUUUCCAUCCCUCUAUAUUUUUCAGAAGGGUGGCCCUUAUCAUGAUCUUUUGCACAGUGUCCUGGGAGCAUAUACAUGUUACAGACCUGAUGUAGGAUAUGUCCAGGGAAUGUCCUUCAUUGCUGCAGUCCUUAUUCUUAAUCUAGAAGAGGCAGAUGCUUUCAUUGCCUUUGCAAACCUCCUGAAUAAGCCAUGCCAGCUAGCCUUUUUCCGUGUGGAUCACAGCAUGAUGCUGAAGUACUUUGCAGCAUUCGAAGUAUUUUUUGAGGAAAACCUCCCCAAAUUGUUUCACCAUUUUAAAUCCUACAAACUUACCCCUGACAUAUACUUGAUAGAUUGGAUCUUCACCCUAUACAGCAAGUCACUACCCCUUGAUCUGGCCUGUCGAGUCUGGGAUGUCUUUUGUAGAGAUGGAGAAGAAUUUUUGUUCAGAACUGGAUUAGGAAUUCUUAGGCUGUAUGAAGAUAUCCUCCUGCAGAUGGACUUCAUUCAUAUAGCACAGUUUCUAACAAAGCUACCUGAAGACAUCAUGUCAGAGAAGCUCUUUACUUGUAUUACAUCUAUUCAGAUGCAGAAUAGUAACAAAAAAUGGGCUCAGGUGUUUGCCUCAUUAAUGAAGGAUAGCAAAGAAGGUGACAAGAACCAUAGUCCAGCACUAAAAAGUUAACUUCAAAUUUAAUGCGAAUAAUAAAAACAGCUUGGUUGUUAAAGGAUUCUAAACAUCUUCUCAAUGAAAACCACUAAGGAGAAACAGCUUGGGAGACUUAAGGAAGAGACAGUAUUUGACUGAAUGCAGUGGUGGAAUUUGAUGAAAUGUUCACCCUGUUGCCAGUAUUAAAGAGCUUUUUGUGGGAGGAACCCUUUUCACAGGAAGCAAAACAAUAAAAACUUGUGAAACUGAGAAAGUGGCUAAUGCAUAUUUAAUAUUUAAAGUUGAAUGCAAUAAAAUUUGUAAUAACUUUUGUUGGUACUUAAAAGUUUGAGGGAUACCUUUUUUAUGAUUAUCACAAAGGCACUUUGGGGGAGAAAAGCAGGUGUUUAAAGAAAGGCCCAAAAACUGCUACCUGAACCAAACAUUUUGGUACAAAUACCUCCAAAAUUAAUCAGUGAAAUUCUUAGGACCAAAUAAGUUUUUUGCUUUGAUAUACAUGCUUGCAAGAUAAUAGGAGGCUUUAUAAUGCAUCUUGCUAAAUUCCUUUUAAACCGCAUCUUUGCUCUUUGGUUAAAUGAAUGUAUGGAAGCUGGAACAGAGAAAGCUGCACUCAGGCUUGUCACAGAGUCAUUGGCAAAAAGUCUUUUGGCCUAAAAAGUGGCAGUGGUUAAGAACUAUUUGAAUGGUGUGCUUGUAUAAACAACUGAUAGGUUUCUGGAAUUUUGCUUCCUGAAGUACUAGAUGGGUAGCUUGCUUACAGAAAAAUUGGAUUCCUAUUCCAUGAAAAUCAGAUCAGUUUUUGAUUUUUAAAUCAAAGUGACUUAUACUUGAUGAUAAACACUAGUAUAAUUAAUAAGCUAGUGACAAAUCCUUUUGCACAUUUUAAGCAAUGUUAAUGUGAAAAUUUGAGUCCCUGUAUAUUAAAAUUUUCUCACUUAAAUGCAAAAUUGAAUAGUUUUGAACUGCAUUAUGUAUAAUAAUGAAAACCCCAAAUCCUUACUGUUAGUCUCAUCUAACAUCACCACCAUAUGGUGAUAUAUGGAAGCUCUUCAACUUCCUUCACACUCCAAAACAUUUUUAAAAUGGCUUUUGAACUGGAGGGAGAUGGAAAGGAUACCUCUUAAACUCUCUGAGCAGCUAAUGCUUGUUCUUUCUAAAUCCAUUUUGAUAGUAUUAAUGUAAAUAAAACUGCAUUAUAAUUUUUUUGUACCUGGUCCCUGUACGUGGAAAUGAAGUGGAAAUUUAUCAUUGAAUUUAAAAAGAAAGACUACUUCAGCUGUUAAGUGUUAAAAGAAGUUGCAGAACCUGUUUUAAAGAUUUGGGUUACAGUACGUUGUAAUAUUUAUGUUGCUAUCAGAUUUAAAACUAUACUUUAUAUUACUUACAACACACAAUUUGAAGUUAAAAUGUCUUUUUUUCUUAUGUAUUUACUUACUUGGUUCCCAUGUAUGUCCUCUGUUUGGGUUCUCUUGUACAGUUUUCUUACUUUUCAAGUAUACACAUGUAUAUAAAUUGUAAAUAGAAGGUAUUUCGCCUUCAUUCAAGACCACUAGUAACAAUUCCUAUGUAAAUAAAACUUGUAAGCAUAA